ACUGAAGUCUCUGAGUUCAGCUUCCUCACUCAUUACGCUUCGAAACCCUAGCGAGGCAGGCAGAGAACCAUAACACGUCGUCGUUUUCCCUGCCAAAAUCUGGGUCUAUCGUCUGCCCUUUUUCUAGCAUAAUCACAUCUCUGUGUGUAGAGAGAGAGAAUGGAACCACCAUCUCCAGACCGCAACGGUGCAGAAGCGGUACUAAAUCUCCAACCGAGCUCAUCAAUUCCUAUUACGUAUCACCCUCUCUUUGGUCCUCACGAUGAUCUAAUCCUCCUUGAGCUCGAUCAGAAACUUCUCCCUGAUGUCCUGCACCAAAGAGUAACUGUUAGAGGACAGCCUGAUGAAGAUGCGGUCCUCUGCACGGAGUCAAAAACUUAUGCAAUCAAAUCCGUUGGAACUUCAAAUUCUGUUUUUCUCAUUCCCCCAUCAGGUCAAUUUAAUUCUUUUGAAAGCCCAUUAUGUUGUGAUGAGAAUUAUCAUGAUCCGCAAUCUGUUGCUUCUGUCAUUAAGAUUGCAACUGGUAACAUGGAACUUGUUGAAGUUGCCCCCAGACUUGACAAGCUAAGGUCGCUACUUUUUGAGAAUCCUUACAGAUCUGAGGAGGACGUAGAAAUGGUGGACUUGGAGGAGAUGGAAGGAAAGAAUACAGGACUGUAUAGCUGGGAUGAUCUUAUUGAGAAGGUUCAAGCUAGUGAUGAUGAAUUAAGGACUGGGUUGCAGGCUCUUUCGGCAGUGGAGAUUUAUGGAUAUUGGAGAAUUGUGGAUGAGAAGUACAUGGACAGAAUUCUUAGGAUGCUUUUGCACAAUUCAGUGCUGAAUGACUGGUCAUUGUCUUGUCUUGAUGAAGACGACGUUGUCAAUGUGUUGGAAUCAGAUGGCUUUCCCCGCAAACUUGCAAACCACUGCUUGCAUGUUUAUGGUAGCAAGGUGGUUGAGGGUGUGAGCACAAGUAGUAUAUGGAAGUUGGAUGAGAGGAAGGUAUGUGUGCAUUUUGCAAGAGACAUCUUGAGAGACGGGAAUAGGAAGAUGGAGAGGUUCAUGGAGGACUGGACGCGCAAGGUUCCCGAAGGGAUGCCAGCAAGUUUAGACAUGUUGGAAGGUGAAGUUUUGAUAGAGAAGCUUGGCGCAGAGACAUGGAUUCGAGCCUUCAGCGUAUCAUCUCUACCCUACAACCCUGCAGAGCGAUUCUCCGUCCUCUUUAAAGAGCGUCCAAAAUGGGAGUGGAAGGAUCUACAGCCCUAUAUCAGGGACUUGAGAGUGCCGGGUCUUUCUGCCGAAGGUUUGCUUCUCAAAUACACUAGAAGAACACAACCAACUGCUGAUGCAGAACCCGUUUUCAGCAUAAGAUAGUGUUAAAAUAUAUGUUAAUUGUCAUCCGCAUAAUUUUAUUCCAUGUGUCCUAAUCAAAAGAUUACAUGAUUUUGCUAAGAAACUGAUAUAAUAUCUUCAGAUGCAUCCUUUAUUUUCUUUUCAUCUUUGGCAUAAGAGAAAACCUGAGCAAGCUGGCAUUGCAGUAACUAACUGGC